AUGACAUUAGCUUUUAAACCUAAAGACAAAGUUGGAGAUAAUUCUUCACAACUUGUAUGUGAAUCAUUUAGUUUAGAUGGUUGUCGGAACGCUUUGGUUGAGAUGAUAAUAGUUGAUGAAUUGCCCUUUAAGUUUGUGGACGGUAAGGGAUUUAAGAAGUUUGUGGAUAAAUUAACAUGUGGAAAUCAUACUAGAUUUGUUGUUCCAUCUCGAUUUACUGUGGCUAGAGAUGUGCUUAAGUUGUAUGUUAAUGAGAAGAAUCGUUUGAGAGACAUGUUUGUAAAAAACAAGUAUAGAGUUUCUCUCACCACUGAUUGUUGGACAUCGGGACAAAAUAUUAAUUACAUGGUCCUAACCGCCCAUUUCAUUGAUUCUGAUUGGAAAUUACAUAAGAGAAUACUUAGUUUUUGUCCAAUUAAGAAUCAUAAAGAUGAUACUAUCGGUAAAACCAUUGAAAAGAAUUUGAAGAAUUGGGGCAUUGAGAGGGUAAUGACUUUGACGGUUGAUAAUGCAAGUUUGAAUGACACUGUUGUUGCUUAUCUUUUAAAGAGAUUCAAUAAAGGAUUAUUGUUUGGUGGGGAAUUUUUGCAUGUUUGUUGUUGUGCCCAUAUAUUGAAUCUUAUAGUAACCGAUGCUUUUAAGGAACAUAAUGAUUGUAUUGAUAGGAUUCGAUAUGCUGUGCGAUUUAUAAGGUCUUCUCUUGCUCGGUUUUUGAAAUUUAAAAAGUGCAUUGAACUUGAAAAAAUUCCUUGUAAGAGUUAUGUGUGUCUUGAUGUUCCUACAAGAUGGAACUCCACAUAUAUGAUGCUUGAAGCUGCUGUUAAGUUUGAAAAAGCUUUUGAUAGAUUAGAAGAUGAAGAUGCCUCAUAUAGACAUGAUAUGUCACCGAAUAAGGAAGAUUGGGCAAAUGCUAGGAUGUUAAUACGAUUUUUAAAAGUAUUUUAUGAUGUCACAUUAAAGAUUUCGGGUUCUUUGUAUACUACUUCAAACUUGGUUUUCCAUCAGAUUACAGUGGUUCAGAAUUGUAUACGUUUGAAUCGGGUAGUGCAAAUGCAUUGUUAG